GGGGGUGUCAAGCUGCUCCCUCACCCAAUCUGGGAGCCGUCCUACUGACACGAGCACGCCGGGGGUUCCCACGGUUCUGGGGUCGCGGGCCCGUUGUCCGGAGCGGCCCAGGUCCCAGUCGUGACCCCGGACCCAAAUCCCGGGCUACGGCCGUGACCCCAGACGCAGCCUUGGCCCGUAUGAUGCCUGCAGGGCCCCUCGGUUUACUACAUCUAGAAAUGGAACCAGUAAGCCCCUACCUCGCUGGGUCGUGGUGAAGAUUUUGUAAAAUAACUCUUGUAAAACGGUGGGCAUGAGAAACAAUCAAAACCACCAACUUGGUUAAUUCGGCGUUAGGUGCUGUUCUGAGAACUUGAACUCACUGAGUCUUUUUGGUUUUUUUAAUAUAUUUUAUUGAUUUUUUACAGAAAGGAAAGGAGAGGGAUAGAGAGUUAGAAACAUCGAUCAGCUGCCUCCUGCACACUCCCCACUGGGGAUGUGCCCGCAACCAAGAUUGGCCACGUUGAGGGUGAGGACCAGUAGGCAGUUCCCAAGAUGGGUGAAAGGAAAGGUGUAAACAAGUACUACCCUCCGGAUUUCAACCCUGAAAAGCAUGGCUCUCUCAACCGAUACCACAACAGCCACCCGCUCCGGGAGCGGGCUCGGAAGCUGUCCCAGGGCAUCCUCAUCAUCAGAUUCGAGAUGCCAUAUAACAUCUGGUGUGAUGGCUGCAAGAACCACAUUGGCAUGGGUGUUCGUUACAACGCAGAAAAGAAGAAGGUUGGCAAUUACUACACGACCCCGAUCUACAGAUUCCGGAUGAAAUGCCACCUCUGCAUCAACUACAUCGAGAUGCAGACAGACCCUGCCAACUGUGACUAUGUGAUCGUGAGUGGUGCCCAGCGCAAGGAGGAGCGCUGGGACAUGGCGGACAAUGAGCAGGUGCUGACGACAGAGCAUGAGAAGAAGCAGAAGCUGGAGACAGACGCCAUGUUCCGUCUGGAGCACGGGGAGGCCGACCGAAGCACACUCAAGAAGGCCCUGCCCACCCUGAGCCACAUCCAGGAGGCACAGAGCGCCUGGAAGGACGACUUUGCCCUCAACAGCAUGCUGCGGAAAAGGUUCCGGGAAAAGAAAAAAGCCCUGCAGGAGGAGGAGGAGCGGGACCAGGCUCUGCAGGCCAAGGCGAGCCUGGCCAUCCCCCUGGUGCCUGAGACAGAGGACGACCGCAGGCUGGCCGCCUUGCUCCAGUUCCAUACGCUGGACUCCUAUGAGGACAAGCAGAAACUCAAGCGGACAGAGAUCAUCAGCCGCUCCUGGUUCCCCUCGACCUCGGGGCCCAGCAACUGCAGCAAAGCUGGCAGCGUCCUGAAGAAGCUGGCCCAGAACCGCAAAUCAGCACCUGCGGGCUCCCCCAUCACCGUGGGGGGCCUGGGUAUUGUUCGAAGGCAGUCCCGGGAGACCUCAGAGAGCCCACAGCAUGCUGCUGAGACCUCUACGUCUGAGAAGCUACAGGGCACCACCCAGGACAUGCCCACAUCCCCCCAAGACUGCUCUCAGGAGACAGCCAAGACCCCCAAGACAAAGGAACCUCAAGGGCAGACUGGGGGCUGUCAGGACAGGCCCCAGUCCUCAUCAGGCUCCUCCCAGGAGGCAGCCGAUCCCCAGGACACGCCACACCCCUACACCCUCAACUCUUCCCUUGUGGCUGACUACUCAGACUCGGAGAGUGAGUGAUUACGGGACUGGACCACCAGCCCUCCAAGACCUCAGACAUUACCCCUUCCUCAGACCUCGCCUUCCCGAGGGAUGGAAUUAUUUAUUUGAUCCUGAAGAGGGGGAGCGGGUAUGUGUGCCGUGUAGGACAUCCCCCUUCCCCCCAAGACUUAUUAAAGCCCUGCUUCUUUGC